AUGGCACGUGCAGCUCGCUUUCGGGACACGCAACGAGCCUCCCCGCUUUACGGUACGCUUUCUUCUCGCCCAACCACCGCCCAUCUUGCCCACCAAGCACCACUCGUCCAUCUACAACCACACGCCUCAAGCCUUGACCGCACCUUGCACAGCUCUACCUCAUCUUCGUGUGGUCGCCGCUGGACGUCUUCCGACGCGCUGCCGCUAACGAAAGACAACCUGUCGACUUGUGAUCCUGAUCCUUUUCCGAUGACUCUCGCAGAUGCGCCACCGCAAAAUCGUCUCGCCAUUUUCCUUUCCAUGCUCAAGCGAUGCGAGCAAACUUAUAACUUCACUGACCCGCAGUCCCAGUACUCGCUCAAGGAGACCAAGCGGCGAUACCUCAACGACAUUUCCGAGUAUGUGUCGUCCACGAGAGGAGUGUUCAACGAGCGCACCUACGUCCCCUUUAUCAACAUGGUAUCGGCCAACAUUUUCCGCACCUUGCCCGUUAGCAGUGCGUCCGUUGACUGUUUUGAAGCAGACGAUGACGAGCCUAACUUUGACCCCGCCUGGGCGCACCUGCAAUUCGUCUAUGAGUUGCUGAGAAAGUUUGUAAUAUCGAGCAUCAAGGAUUCCGAGGCGGCGCGCGCCUGCAUUACGGUGGAAUUUGUGACGGCCCUCGUCGGGCUUUUCAAAACCGAAGACACUCGAGAGAGAGACUAUCUAAAGACGAUUCUGCACCGGAUCUACGGCAAGUUGAUGCCGUUGCGCGGGCCAAUUCGCAAAGCCAUCAUGGACGUGUUCCAUCGGGUGGUGUAUGAGCACGAGCGGUACAGCGGGACCGGGGAGCUGUUGGAAAUCUUGGGGUCGAUCAUCAACGGGUUUGCAGUGCCUCUAAAGGAGGAACACAAACAACUGCUGAGGAAGGGAUUGUUGCCGUUGCACGUUCCGUCCAGCAUGCCGAUAUACCAUGAUCAACUGUUAUUUUGCGUGACGCAGUUUGCGGUGAAGGAUGCAAGAUUUGCAGCGGAAAUCAUCAACACACUGCUCCGACACUGGCCAGUAACGCAGUCGCGAAAAGAAGUGUUGCUCCUAACCGAGAUCGAGGCGUUGAUAGAAGUAAAUCGACCGGAGUAUCUGGAGGGCGUGAUCGGGCCUUUGUUUCGACGGGUUGGCAAGUGCAUCGAAUCGCCACACUUUCAAGUGGCUGAGCGAGCGCUCUUCUACUGGAACAACGAAUAUAUCGUGAACGUGAUGAUGUACUAUCGGGAGGUGGUGAUGCGGGCGGUGAUCGGGCCGCUGCAGCGAAACCUAGAAUCACACUGGAACGCCAACGUGUUGUCGCUGUCAGCAAACGUGCAGAGAAUGCUGUGUCAGAUGGAUGGGGCGCUGUUUGAGAAGUCGCGCAGGAUGUACGAAGCGGAGCGAAGAGACGAAGGGAAGGUAUGUGCGGAACGUGCAAGACGAUGGGGGGCAGUGUAUCGGAUGGCGCAGAAGAGAUUCAGGGAGAAACACGAGAGUGAGAGCGAGGGAUGCAGCAGACACGUCAACGAAGGGAUUAAGGCAGAGGUGAACGGGACGAAGGCGUUGCCAGUAGAGGGCAAAGGGCAGAAGGGGGCGCUUACAAGCGGACGAAGCCGAAGUUUACAGAUACUGUAG